UAUUGUGAAAGAACGAUCGAGAAAUAAAUUAACGUUGUUUUUAUCAGUGUAAAUAAAAUUGCUCGAUUGGAUCGAUCGAUCUUUGUAAAUUAAUUUGAUUGGCUGAUUUGAAAUAACUGUGCAAAAUGAUGCACACUAUGAGCGAACACACAGCUGGGGCUGGAGGACUGGGUGUAAGCGUGCUUCCCUUUGAUGGCAUGGGUCUAUUUGAACAACAACGACCCAGAUUCCUCUUCAAGAUGCCCAAAGUUGUGCCGAAUCAAAAGGCCAAAUUCGAAACGGAGGAAUUGUUCAGGAGAUUGAGUCGUGAAAGCGAGGUCAGGUAUACUGGAUAUCGAGACAGGCCAAUUGAGGAACGACAGGUACGUUUCCAAAAUGGCUGUCGGGAAGGUUACACGGAGAUCGCGUUCGCCGCAACUGGAACAAACCUCCAGCUCGUUUUUGGCAACGCAUCUGGAAAUUACGGUGGUGACAUCAACGACUGCGAUUUUGAAAAAGAACGCGGCAAGGUACAUCUCAGGUCUCGCUUAAUCAUGAACGGUGUGUGCGUGAUGUGGCGUGGUUGGAUAGACCUAGAGAGGUUGGACGGCGUUGGAUGUCUGGAAUACGACGAGAAACGCGCCGCUGAAGAAGACGCUCUUCUUCGCGACCAAUUAGAACGUUAUAACCAACGAGUACGCGAUUUCGACGAGAAACAAAGAGCGUACAGAAGCGGAGCUACUCAACCACCUCAUUUGAAUCAUCAUCACCAUCACCACCAUCAUCACCACGGUCAUCACAGCCACCACGUGGCCGGAAGUGGCUCUGGAACCAGCGGAACAAUCGAGCCUCAUCUCACCCACCGACAAGAUCCCGAGAUGGAAGUCAGAUUGAGGGCCUACUGAGGCUCCGAGAAAGCGACCAACGAAACUACUUAACUCCUCUUCGAUUUGGGAUUACUCCCGGAUCGUCUUGGAGUUAACCGAAGACUGGCGGGAGAAACGGGAGACGAGAGAUCCCUUGGGAGGAAUCUGGCUAACGGUUUGGUACGCCUUCGUAAGAUAUUCACAUUUUUUAGAGUAUAACUGCACGAGAUUGAGAAUCGCGAGAUGUUGGUAGAUUUGUUUGUGGUGAUUUACCGUUUUCGACCUGCACCGAAUAUUUUUGAGGCUAUUGGAUUUGAGUAAUUUUUUGGAACAAUGGAAUUUUUACUUUCAGUCGAACAUUUCUAAGGUAUCGGAUUAAGUUACUCCUUUGGAAAUAACGCGUGUCGAUAUUUUUGACUUUUCGUAGAAAAAUUCUUGCGUUUCUCGAAAAUUCUCGGCACCAGAUUUUUCCCGCCGUUGAUGAUGUAUCAUUUCCGACAACUUUUAUAAGCGACAGACAUCAAUCACUAUCAAUCGUUAAACACGAUCCAACGAUCAGGAUCAUUAGGUUAAGUGACACGCGUUUAUCUAUCCUGUUAAUUUCGUUCAAGAAGAGAUUCUCGAGAAACACGCGCCUUAAGUUGAUGUUUCUGGAGGAUCUCUAAGGGAUCGGUAAAUCUCAGACUCGUUCUACAGUCGAAUUUUAUUUAAAAUUAUUAUAGUCAGUUAUAUUAAUUACAGAAUACUAACGACGAGAAUCGUAUAUUGAUUUGAAUCACGAAUGAAAAUCCUUGUUAUAUUCACCUAUCUUCGAAUUUCCAACAUGACAUCGCAAGUAUUACAGCCCGAACGUAACAAGACCGAAUUUCUAUGUACAAUUAACGAUAAUAAGAUCUAUUAUUCGUCGUAUAACACUUAAGCAACGUGUAUGUUUUAACAUCUUUUCUCUCCGUUGUUUAUUUUAUUGAACGUUAACGAUCACUUAUAUCGUUACGUUCGAUAUUAUUUUAUUGCAAUGGAAGAAGAGAGUUAUGUAAUUAUUAUUGCAAAAUUGAGAGAUCUUUAUUCGAUCUUAUGUACAUACGAUAAUAUGUAUUUUCUUCCUUUCUUUCCUUGUUGACGAAGAUAUAUCGUUUAGAUGCAAGGAUUAAAAUUAAUUCAUGAAUUAAGAUCAAGCUUUUAAAAAAGAGGAAAGAAGAAAAUUACAUAGAGAGGAGAGAAACUUUACGAUUGUUUCUGUUCCAUCGCCAGGCCAUGCAACGAAGUGUACGCGUACCUUUUAUCUUCUGUCUUUAUCGACGAUACAAUAUUUUUCCAGCGGGAAAAAUAGAAUAAAUAGCGUCGCAUGCGAAACCUAGAGUCUUCGCCCCGAUUAACAUAUCAAUGUAGAACGCACGACCGAUGCGGAUAUUUAUUCAGCAUUUCUUGAACUUUUAUAUUUACUUACAUCUACUUUUGCUUCGUAAUUUCAUUUUAAAUCAGAAAAUCAAAAGUGGACUUAUUUUUUUUAUAUCUUCUGUUUUAUUUCCGAUUUAAAAGAUAUGUAUUACCCAGAGCUGGAAAGAAGGCUAUAGCAGGUGGGUAUAGGGGAAAAAGGUAUAGGACCAUUCAUCAGACAGUAUAAUUAAAAGAUGUGUCCAUUUCGGUCAAGAAUAUUUGUAGUACAGUAGAAAAUGCAUAUAAGAUCGAGAUGUGUUUUAUCCAUUGAGAUCAAGCCGUUCCACUCACCUUCUUUUCAGCUUUACACAACAGAAAUAUUUCAUUUUUCAAUUUCUAUUUCAAACACGUUGAAGAAAUGCUGUUGAAGAUAUCCAAGUACGAUUGCAAUAGCCGAAUCGUUCGUGUUUUCUCAACAUCGCAAAACAUACGAGAUAUUACUAGUAUUCCUAUUUCGAUGUCACCAGCGUUUUUAUUAUGCAAAUGCAAACAGCGAACACGUCACUCUUCCACAUCAGUAUUCGACUUACAGUAAAAUAUUUUCAAUUUUUAUCAGAAAUUAACAAAAGUUAACGAUUUUAAUCUCGAGUCUUCCUAACGAUGUUUUAUUGGUGGAAGGGCGAUGAAGGCAAAAGUAAAUGUCACGUGCUGGAAUUCAGGAGGGAAGGAGAUGAUCAAGCAGUGCGUCAUGUCCAGCAAGGAGAAGUGUGAUUCACAAGAGAAUUCUCUUGGAAGUGAACAUUUGACGAGUCGUCGACCGACAUUUCGUUUCGUAUGCGUCGAAUAUACACGCGAACCGUCACGAUCUUUCCGUUGCAUUGUACAUAUUUGUAAAGAGUUAGGUUAAUUUAUAGCGGCGGCUUCGUGCUCUCUUCUGGGUCGUGUUGUGUUCACCACGACGCGACGCGGCAUCGUGAAUCACGCUGGGGAAAACCCAGAAGUGACGAGCGAUCGUGUGGAAAUUGCGCUCCGAUCUUUCACGCACCGAUUGUAUAAAGCUGUUUAUCGAUUAAACGUAAUUUUCGUCCAACAUU